AUGAUCGAAAAAGCAAAAUUGUUAGCAGAUGAACUAGGAGUCCCUGAAGACAAGUUAUAUUUUUCUUCCAAGUGGCUUCAAAAAUUUAAAAAGCGAAAUGGAAUCUGUCAGAUAAAGCUUCAUAGAGAAGCAGAUUUUGUUGAUGAGAAUGUUAUUACUGAAUCCUUACCUUUAUUGCAAAGAUUUGAAGAUGAAUGUUUUAUAAGUGAUCUUGUAUAUCAUAAAGGAUUGAAAGAAGAUGAUCUUUGUGAAGCUGAUGAUUUAAGGCUUGAAAAUCUUAUUAGGUUACUGAAUAUUCUCUGUCUUUCAAAUAUAAUAGAAACUGAUGAAUUCUUAAAUUUUAAUGGUGAGGAGAUUGUUUACAAAGUUUUCUUAAAGGAUCAAAUCAUUAAGAAGCUAGCUUAUGUGUUCAGAAAUAAUGAAAGUAUUAAAGUUAUGGAUGAAGGAAAUACUGAGAUAAUAGAUGAAGAGAAAGACAAUAGUAUAGAACCUGCAGUUGUUAGUGGUAGUUCAGCAUUGAAUAGCUUGAAAAAUGUUCAGAUGUUUUUACUUUAG